GAAAACCUGGCGUUUCUUUAUAGCACUUGGCUGUUUGCCAUUGCAGCAUUCGAUUCAUAUAGCAAUGGGGGGUAAAUCGAAUUCAAUUGGAUUCUAUUUUUUAAGUUUAUUGUUGUUGGUUCCAAGUUUUAUCAUUCAUGAGUCUCUGGCUAUCUCCACUGAUGGAUCGGCUUUGUUAGAAUUUCGAGCUCAGAUUGGUUCUGAUCCUUAUGGUUCAUUUGCAAACUGGAAUUCUAAUGAUACCACACCCUGCUUGUGGUUUGGGGUCCAUUGUGUUGAUGGUAAAGUGCAAAUGCUGGAUUUGAGUGCCCUUGCUUUGAAAGGAACUUUGGCAUCUGAGCUGGGGAAAUUGAGCAACUUAAGAUCACUCCUAUGUUAUAGAAACCGCUUCUUUGGUGUCGUUCCAAAGGAGUUUGGAGAGCUUACAAAGCUGGAGUUCUUGGAUUUGAGGGAAAAUAACUUGGGCAGAACAAUUCCGGCAGAGAUGGGAAAUAUACUCUCUCUAAAAUGCUUGUUACUUUACGAUAGUAAAUUUGAGGGCAGCAUUCCUUCAGACCCUGGGAGGCCAAAACUGCUCUCCAAACUGCAGCUUGAUGGAACUCUAGUGUCGAUAUUUGCCACUGGAAUUGGCUGUGCAAAUAGAAAGUUCGGACUUUGCAUAUGGCAGAGCAGUGGGAGACAACUUAAUGGAGUAGGAUCAUUGUUCAUCCCGAUUAUAGGAGCUCUUACACGUUACCUCAAAUACUUGUCAAUACAAUGGUUCAAGUUGCAAAGGGACUCUCUGGCUGAGCGUAAUGACAGUUGCCGCGGUGAUGUGCCUCGUUCAUCUGAGCAACAAAUGACCCGGUACAUAAGGAAUCUUGUCGUCCCUUUGGAGCGUCGUAGACUGCUUCUGCAAUUAAGGGACCUCCCAGCUGCACCUGCUGCUUCCGUGUCUUCCACUGAACAAAUCAUUGCUCUCCCGUCUUCUAGAAGUAGUGGGAGUUUCCCUGCUGUGCCUAAGGGAACGAAGACUAAUUCGAAUCUUGUUGACGGGUCAUCUCAAACCUCCAACAGAGAGUCAACUGCUGAAAAUAGAUGGAAAUAUCUCCUCAUCAUUGCCUGUGUGGUUGUCUUUCUUGCAUUUUUAACCUUUGUUUUCUUGUUCCGGAAACGAGCAGCAAAAUCCAUACGUCCCUGGGAAACUGGAAUAAGUGGCCAGCUGCAGAAAGCUUUUGUUACAGGGGUGCCUAAGCUAAACCGACCAGAACUGGAUAUAGCCUGUGAAGACUUUAGCAAUAUAGUUUGGGUAAUUGAUGGUUGCACAGUGUAUAAAGGGACACUUUCCAGUGGGGUCGAGAUUGCUGUUGCAGCGGUCCGUGUUUCGUCUUCAAAAGAGUGGUCAAAGACCCUGGAAAUGACUUUUCGGAGGAAGAUCGACAGAAUGUCUCGAAUUAACCAUAAGAACUUUGUCAACCUUAUUGGCUACUGCGUGGAUGAUGAACCUUUCAGCAGGAUGAUGGUGUUUGAAUAUGCUCCAAGCGGAACCCUUUACGAGCAUCUGCACGAAGAAUAUAUGGAUCAUCUUGAUUGGAGUGCAAGGAUGAGAAUCGUGAUGGGUGUAGCUUAUUGUCUUCUUUAUCUGCACCAUGAUUUGAAUCCUCCAUUGCCUCAUCCAAAGUUAACUUCUAUUUCAAUCCUUCUAACAGAUGAUUAUGCUGCAAAGGUUGCGGAUGUUCUUGGUUUCGAUGGCCUAAUUAAUUCAAAAAACUCAGGUGACGAUGAUCCAGAACAAUCUACAUUGCCAUGUCUUGUUGAUCCAGAAACGAAUGUCUACAGCUUUGGCUUAUUGUUACUUGAAAUCAUUUCUGGAAAGUUUGUUUACACCAAGGAGCAAGGCCAUAUCGAAGAAUGGGCUGCUCAAUACUUUAACGAUAAACAGAGUCUCAGCAAGGUGGUUGAUCCAACACUCCAAUCAUUCAAAACCGAAGAACUUGAAGCAAUCUGUGAGGUAAUACAAGAGUGCAUUCAGACUGAUCCGAAGCGAAGACCGACAAUGGAGGAUGUGAGCACCAAAUUGAGGGAAGCUCUUAAUAUAGCACCUAACCAAGCUGCCCCAAGGCUUUCACCACUGUGGUGGGCUGAGCUUGAGAUUUUAUCAAUGGAGGUUCCCUAGUUCCUUUGUGUCUCUCUUCUUUGCCCCCAACACACACAUAACCCUAAACCCCAAGAAAAGAAAAGAAGGAACAAGUGGUUUCCUUGUACUUGGCUUCAAAAUCACUACAUGUUUUGGUUCAUUUGUUUUCACAUAUACAUAUACUGUCCAUUUGUGGUAUUGCUGUGACUGUGUACUCAU